AUGAACAAUUUGAGUAAAGCCAUAUUAAAUGGAGAUUUUGAUGAAUCUUCAUCAUCUGAUGAUGAUAUCAUCAUGAUGCAACUAUUCACAGUGCAACAACAAGGAUUACAGAUGUUAAGCCUAGACCAACAAACCAGACGUGUUGGUUCCAUAAGUGGUCGUCGAUACAUUAAUCGUGAGAGGGUCAAAGACGACGAACAAAUUUAUAGAGAUUAUUUUGCAGAUAAUCCUAUCUAUCCAGAGGAAUACUUCCGAAGACAUUUUCGAAUGAGGCGGUCAUUGUUUGUUAGUAUCUUACACGAUAUUCAACAAGUGAAUGACUACAACAUCCAAACCCGUGAUGCCACUGGUGCUCCUGGAUUAUCCGGUGUACAGAAGAUGACUGCAGCACUUCGGAUCCUCCAAUACAGCGUGCCUGCUGAUGCUGUAGACGAGUACAUUAGAAUCGGCGAAAGUACUACAAUUGCCGCCUUAAAUUUUUUUACCAGAUCAAUUGUUGCUACCUAUGAAGCCGUUUACUUAAGAUCUCCAAAUGAAGCAGAUGUCGCCAGAUUAUCGCAAGAGGGAGAGCAACGCGGGUUUCCUGGAAUGUUAGGGAGUUUGGAUUGUAUGCACUGGCGUUGGGAUAAAUGUCCAAGUGCCCAAGCCGGUGCUUACACUGGACACUAUCACAAACCAACAGUUGUACUCGAAGCAGUUGCCUCCUAUGACUUAUGGAUUUGGCAUGCUUUCUUUGGCAUGCCUGGCUCUCUAAAUGAUAUUACUGGUCUUGACAGGUCGCCUUUAUUUGCUGAAUUAACUAGAGGGCGUGCCCCUGCUACCAACUACACCAUCAAUAAUCACGCAUACACCAUGGGGUAUUAUCUUGCUAAUGGUAUCUAUCCUCGUUGGGCAACGAUUGUGAAAACAAUAUCUCAACCUCAAGGCGCAAAGAGACAACUAUUUGCGAGGAUGCAAGAGGCAUGUCGGAAAGAUGUCAAAAGGGCAUUUGGAAUGCUCUAA